AUGACGAUGAGCAUAUUAUGGGUCCUCUUCGUGGUAUCUCAUGCCGAGCCAUUGUCCAUCCAGAGCUUUCAGCAUAAAUUGCUUGAGCUGAGUGACCAGUUGCCACGGCGGAUGCAAAGUGCCACUAUGGCACCCCUCAGCUCUUCGUGUUCUGCAGCAUGUCCCAGCAUGCAAAAGGCAUAUGGGGAUAUGGAAGCGGCGACCUCCAGGGCGGAAACUGAGCAGCUGCAUGCUUUCACUGAGCUCUUCGCAGCAUACUGCGCCAAUCGCGGCGCCAUUGCGUGCGGAGUCCAGAAUCAGGACUGCAUCGCCGUCUUGGGUGGUGAAGAUGAUUUGGUGACUACUCUGAACUGCGUGUGUGACGCUUGCCCCAGCUACCCGCGCAUCUAUAGUGGCCUGGCAGAUGUUCUCCAGGGACAGACCAUGGAGGCGGUGUGCCCAAUGAUGCAGAGCCUGAAAUGCGUGACGAGCAGUUCGGCAUGUGCUGCCCUCACGAACGGCACGCUUGGCACCUCAUUUGAGGAGUUCCUGAAGAGAGAAAGUGAUUGUGUGCAAGGCGGCUACGCCACAGACUUCCCUGCGGCGAGCAAAAUCAGCACAGGCUGCGCUACAGCCUGCCCUGCACUGGCAGAUGCCUUCGAAUAUACUGAGAAUGUGUCAUCUAGCACUGCCGGGUUGAAUUCCAACCUGAUAGCGGCCAUGUCCAUUGAUGCAUUUUGCAUGCACAAGGCAUCUUUUGACUGCGCUUUUUCUGCUGGACCACUCUGUUCGCUUUUGGCAUUGCCCAGUGGUGAACGACCUACUCUGGCCGUGGCCGUGCCCGCCUUGGACUGCGCCUGUUUGGCGUGUCCACAUUUGCCACGCGUCUACGAAGCCUUCGCCACGGAGGGCUUCGCCAGUCCGGAGCCGGAGAAGUAUAUGCCGGUGCUGUGUCCCAUGAUGGGUACUUUGAAAUGCUUUGAGGCGAGUAAGGACUGCAGCGAGGAGUCCUUUCAAGGAUCCUUGGGCUUUGAGACACUAAGAUUUACUUCCGCCUACAUCGCGCAGCUCUUGCAGUACGAGUCCAACUGUUCCCGUGGCGGCUUCCCCACUGACUACCGAGCGACGGUAGCUUCAUGCGCGGCAUGGGGAGGUAGUUGGUUGAUGCAAAUGACCCCUCGCGAUGAAAAUGAUCAGCGGCAGGGUCAGAUGGAUGGGAAACUGACAGAUCAGUCAG